AUGGCGCCAGUUCCGGUCACCAUCAUCACUGGGUUUCUCGGAGCUGGCAAGACGACCUUGAUCUUGAACCUCAUCCCACAGUUGCCGAAAAAUUACAAGCUUGCGUUGCUGAAGAACGAGUUCGGCGAUGUGGCGGUUGAUUCGCAGCUCGCGGGCUCGGCCUCCAUCUCAGGGGUUCGAGAGUUAUUGAACGACUGCAUAUGCUGUAACCUUGUCGGCCAACUCAGUGACGCUCUGUUCGAGCUCAAGAAUUCCGUCGACCCCAGCAGGGUCAUUAUCGAAACGUCCGGUUCGGCUUUCCCUGCGACGCUGGCAAUGGAGGUCAAUCGGGUGUCGAGGGAAAACCCAGGCUCGUUCACCCUCGACGGCGUCAUCAGCGUGAUUGACGUGGAGAACUGGAAGGGCUACGACGACACAAGCUACACGGCCAAGAUGCAAGCCAAAUAUACGGAUCUGAUCGUGUUCAACAAGUGGGAGCUGGUUGAUGAGAGGAAGUUCGAAGACGCACUGGACCGCGUCGGCGACCUGGACGUACAAGUCGCGUGGGUCAAGAGUCAGAGAGGCUGGGUGGACGUGGAGAUCGUCAUGGGUAUCGAUGGAGCAAUGGUCCGGAACGAAGGGUUGCGAGGAGCAAUCGAGUUUAACGAAGAGAACACCCACGACCACACUGACGGACACGCACACGCACACACCCAUCAUCAGGGCGAAGUAGAGGUCUUGAGUGUAGUGCUGACGAAUGAAGAUCCGUCGAAACCGCCCCAGGGCGUUGUCCUGGAAUCCUUUGAAGAUCUGCUUCUUUCCGCGCCAAAGGACGAAGUCUACCGCAUCAAAGGGCUUGUCCUGUCAUCCAAGCCGCCUCCGGAGUCAACAGGCGACAGAAAACCCGGCAUUGCAGUCGACUCGGAAGGCCAGAGUCUCUAUGUCUUGAACUGGGCAUUUGGUCGAUGGACCUACACGCCACUCCCGAGCAGGGCGUUCAAGGCGAUGGAGAAUGCGAGUGCGCGACUAACCUUUAUCCUUGCUAGAGGAGAAUCUAGUAAAUGGAUCCGGCGCCUCCAGAAGGGAGACUUUAUUGCUCUUGAGGGGCAAGAUGGGAAAGAGGAAAAGGGCUCCCUGAAGAUUGACACAAUUGGAUAA